AUGCCCACAACAAAUGUUUCUUCGGCUUGUGAGCUGCAGCUACAAGAGAUCGCAGAUGCCCUGUCAAAAUCCAAGAAGGUGGUUGUCAUAACUGGAGCUGGUAUCUCUACAAAUUGUGGCAUACCUGAUUUCAGGUCGGAGAACGGACUUUAUACUCUCAUUCAAGCCCAAUACGAUGCAGCUGCGGCGAACAAGACGAAUCCCAACACUGGCGAUAUUGACGAUCGUCCCGUGAAACGGAGGAAGCUUGACAGGUCAUGCUCUCUAGGGUCUUCGGAAUUGGAAAAUGGGAUUAUAAAAGCGGCGCCAUUACGCCGGCAGCUUCGAUCAUCGCAGUCUUUUCACACUAAUGCAACGGAUUCAGACUCAGCAGGCUUGAAUCCAGAUACCCCUUCGGAAAUUCCCACCAAAGAAGUGGAGGAGACUCCAAAAGAUGUUUCACCUGAAGCUGUUAACGAGCCCAUAUUUUCGUCUCAGGCGUCCGGAAGGUCUACGGGAUCGAGACAAAGCCUUCCGAAUAUGAAGGGAAAAGACUUGUUCGACUCCAUAAUCUGGACUGACAAACUGACGACGUCAAUAUUCUAUACCUUUAUAUCGAGCCUAAGGCAAAAGAUUCUCAAGGAUGUCACGUCAACGACAGACACACAUAAGUUCAUUCGCGCAUUGCGUGAUGGGGGCAGGCUUGUCCGUAAUUAUACCCAAAAUAUAGACAUGCUCGAACGUCGCGAAGGUCUCUGCACCGAGUUAGAACGGGGAACAGGCACUCGCGGACGUUUCAACCCAAAACUCCGAAAGGAAGCACGAACUCAAAACAAAAAAGGCGGAACACAAGACUCUGGUGUCGAGGUUGUUCAUUUACAUGGAAGUUUGGAUUUCCUGAGAUGUGGCCUCUGUGCACGGCUGGCAAAUUGGGAGGACGAUGACCGACACGUUACGACUCUAGCAGGCGAGGCUCCUGAAUGCCCCUGGUGCUCUGAAAAUAGCGCCAAGCGAGAGGGCAAGGGAAGGCGCAGUCUUGCUGUCGGCAGAUUACGACCGGAUAUCGUCUUAUAUGGCGAGGAACAUCCGAGCGCCCAUCUUGUUGGGCCUCUCAUAACGCACGACUUGUCUCUCAGUCCAGACAUGCUGCUCAUCCUAGGUACAAGUAUGCGUGUCCAUGGUUUAAAGGUUAUGGUCCGAGAGUUUGCAAAGGCAGUGCAUGGACGAGGCGGCUCUGUGGUAUUUGUUAACCAGACGAAGCCGCCUGACAGCAUAUGGGGAGACGUGAUUGACUAUUGGGUAGAAUGGGAUUGUGACGCGUGGGUCGCAGAUUUGAAGCAGAGGAGAGAUGAUAUAUGGCUUCCACAAGGGACGAAGGUGGAAGUACCCAAGGACGACAAGACACCCAAAAACCCCAGCGCCAUGAGGCAAGACCACCUGAACGGUGCACACCUUCAAUGGAAGAUUCUUUUAUCUCUGAGGCAGCUGACAGGCCGUGGCGAAGACGAAGAAGCGGCGAAGAUGAUCGAGAGGAUAGAUGGGCUCUACAAGCAGACAGCUCCAAAAAGCACCAUACCACGCCGCCGUUCGUUGCCAGCCACAACCAAGAAGCAGAAUUCGAGAAUCCCACUCUCCAAUUUGUCAUCCAAUGUACGGGGACCGAUGCUCCCCGCUAAUUGUAAGCCGAAAUCUACAAAUGGCCAGCGUCGCGCAUUACCGUCGCCGCCGACUAGUGAUGAGGCUGGGCUGCUGCUUCCACAGCCGAUGACGCCUAGAGCUGUGAGGAUUAAGAAGUUGACGAGCAUAGAUGCGAUUCUUUCGAGCCCUCUGAGCAGUCCACCCAAAGUGAUAGUUUGGGCGGACUACCAGUAG